AUGAGCCGAAAUGAUAAUACAACAACAAGAAAUAUACAAACAUCAAAUGAUAAUACAUCAACAAUAAAUACUAGUAAUCAUGAAGAAGUUCAAGUAUUGACAGUGAACACAGAUGAACAAACACCAUCGCCAAAUACUAAUUAUUCAGUUUCAACAAAUGAGUCAGAAGCAGUAACUCCAAUUGAAUGUCCUCCUCCUUCAAAUACAAACUCUAAUCGUAUAACACUUGAUAAACUUUCAUCAUUGGAAUCGAUAAAUGAUUUGACAAUUCGACAAUUAAAAGAAAUUCUUGAAAAUAAUUUUGUGUCGAUUGUUGGAUGUGUUGAAAAAAAAGAAUUACUAAAUAAAGUUGAAUUACUUUAUCGAGAUCGAAAACAACAAAAAGAACCAAAUACCAGUGUUCCUAGUGAACAAUCAGAUGAAAAUCUAUGUAAAGUGUGCAUGAAUGCGCCUAUCGAUUGUGUCUUUCUUAAUUGUGGUCAUCUAUGUACAUGUGUGAACUGUAGUCAGCAAUUAUCUGAGUGUCCUUUAUGUCGAUCAUUUAUUAUACGUGCCGUACGUGUUUUCAAAGGUUGA